AUGGAUUUCAACAGUCUUCUGCAUAAUAUUGGGGAACAACUAGACAAUGAAAAACUGGCUUCCCUCAAGUUCCUGAGUCUGGACUACAUCCCACAGAGAAAGCAGGAACACAUUAAGGACCCCUUGACAUUCUUCACUGCACUUCAGGAAAAGAGACUUUUGGAGGAGAGUAACCCAUCCUUCUUGAAGGAAUUGCUUUUCCGCAUUCAAAGCCUCGAUCUGCUGCUCAGAUACUUUAAGGUCACUAAGGAGAUGAUGGAGCGUGAGCUUCGAAUGCCAGGCAAAGCCCAGAUUUCACCCUACAGGGUUAUGCUUUUUCAGAUUUUUGAAGACGUAAGCAAAGAGGAAUUAAAGGCUUUUAAGUUUUUUUUGGACAAGGAUAUUCCAAAAAAUAAACUGGAUGAUGACAACCUCUUGCUCGAUCUUUUCAUAGAGAUGGAGAAGAAGCUUCUGCUGAGUGAAAGAAAACUGGACGUCCUGAAAACAAUCUGUGAGCAAGUCAAUAAGAGCUUGCUGGUGAAGAUCAAUGAUUAUGAAGACUUACUGAAAGAACAAGAAAUGCCCCUUGACAGAAGUCCAGAUGGAUUUUCAAAUGGGCAAGAAUUAUUGGAAAAGCUGACAAUGGCUGACUAUCCAAGAGAACUGGAAAGUAAGUCACAGAUAUCGGACAAAGUUUACCGAAUGCAAAGCAAACCUCGGGGAUACUGUUUGAUUUUGAAUAAUUAUGAUUUUACAGAAGCACGCCAGAAUGUGCCCGAACUUGAAAAAAUUAAGGAUAGAAAAGGAACAAACUUGGAUGCAGACAUUUUGGAAAAGACCUUUAGUAAUCUUCAUUUUGAAGUUGUACAUUAUAACGACUGCACAGCAGAAAGAAUCUUUACAAUUUUGGAAUCCUACCAAAAAAAGGACCACAAUGAAAGAGACUGCUUCAUCUGUUGCAUCCUCUCACAUGGAGACAGGGGCAUCGUCUAUGGCACCGAUGGUCAGAAGGCCUCCAUCUCUAAACUGACCUCUUAUUUCACUGGUUCAGAGUGCCCUUCCCUUGCAGGCAAGCCCAAACUCUUUUUUAUUCAGGCUUGCCAGGGGGAUAACUACCAGAAAGGUAUAGCUAUUGAGACUGACUCAAAACAGCAGGACAUCAGUUUAGAAACAACCUUCUCAUCUUCGAAGAGCUACAUUCCAGCUGAAGCCGACUUCCUGCUGGGCAUGGCCACUGUGAACAACUACGUUUCCUACCGAAGUACCUCAGAGGGGACCUGGUAUAUCCAGUCACUUUGCAAGAGAUUGGCAGAAAGAUGUCCUCGAGGCGAUGAUAUUCUCACCAUCCUGACAGAAGUGAACUAUGAAGUGAGCAGUAAGGAUGACAAGAAAAACAUGGGGAAACAGAUGCCACAACCCACUUUCACACUGAGAAAAAAGCUGUUCUUUCCUCUUAGUUGA